AUGUGUGUGCAAUAUGUCGAAAAUGAAUAAUCGUACCCGCAUUACACACAUAAAAUACUAAAUACUAAUUGUAAGUACAGGCUUAAGAUAAUAUUUGCAUUUAACAAUAUUGCGGAGGGGAAAACUGUGAGAAACUACAGAGCCUGAUAAAUAAAUAAUCCGCAGUUUUGCGUAAGCCGUAUGCGAAGCUAUAUGCAGCAGUCACUGUACGAGCAUCUUUUAAUAAUUUUUAUGUAUUCACUGUAAAAAUCGCUUCGCGUCAAAGAACUAACAAUUGCAAGAAGGCGCGUUCGGUUGUUUAACGAUUCAUUUGUUUUAAACGAUGUAGUUUUGUGAAUGGUGGGAUGUCCGACGUUCGAAUAGAGUAGAAAACUAAUUGGUAUCUACCUAAUCGCCUAUUGUAAGGUCAAGAGUGCGACCUCGGGAUUUCGUACGAUGAUGGGAAAUCCAAGAACGCCUAUUCGACGCGAACACUCUAGCAGGCAUACCAUGCUUUCGUUCUAUCAAGUUUUCUUCUUCGUUUGUUUAACAUUAUUCAGUGUAACGGAAGCCGAUUUAAAUGACACAACAAUAAACCUUAACGAAACCCUUGCAACAAAAUUUGCAACCCCGUGCAAGACUCCAAACGGUGACAACGGAUUUUGCAUUGACAUUAGUGAAUGCCAAGUAUUAGCCAAGUACAGGAAUGUAAAAUCGAAACAGGAAUUUAUCGACGAAUCGGACUGCACCCCUGGCAAUGCCAACCCCCAGACUAAUAAAGUUUGCUGUGGACGAUAUUCCGAUUUUAUAAUACGAGGGGAUGCAGAAGCGGCGUCGGACGUGAUCGAAGCGCCAGUGCAACCGUUGGAUGUGGACCCGUUCCCGAAGGAAUGCGGCAAACAGCCGAUGAUUUUUCCCAAUAGGAUAUUUGGUGGAUCGGAGGCGGUUCUCGGGGAAUUCCCGUGGUUAGCGAGAUUAAGACACAAGGCACCGAACGGGCUCAGGAGCUACGGGUGCGUCGGAUUCCUAAUCGCAGCGAAAUACGUUUUAACCGCCGCUCAUUGCGUUUCGUCGUCCAUGUUGGCACCCCUGGGACCGAUAAACCAAGUGCAAUUGGGGGAACACAACACGCACGAAAGUAUCGAUUGCGAGAAGCACGGGGAAAAACUGGUGUGUGCCGAUCCACCCCAAUUGAUCAGGACGGGGAAACCCAUCGUGCAUCCCGAAUAUUUGAACACCAGCCGAUCACAACAUCACGACAUCGCCAUCAUUCCACUCAAAUGGUUGGCUAAUUUUACACAAUAUGUUCAACCAAUUUGCAUGGCAAAUCAAACAACGUCCGAGAAGGAAAUGUGGUUGGCCGGUUGGGGAAAAACCGAAGACAGUGACAGGAAUCCGAUCAAAUUAAAAGUGUCGGUGAAACGUGCUUCUCAAGAAUAUUGCAGGGCCAAGUACAAAGCAGCCGACGUUGACAUAAUAUCGGCUCAAAUCUGUGCCGGGGGUGAGGAAGGGAAGGACUCGUGUUCCGGUGAUUCGGGAGGCCCUUUAAUGGUCCAGACGGGAUCCAGUCCGUGGUAUGCAGAAGGGAUUGUUAGCUUUGGUUUAGGUUGCGGUCUCGAAUACUGGCCGGGGGUCUAUACAAGUAUCCCGCAGUAUUACAGUUGGAUAGAGACAACCAUCAAGAGGCAUUGGAAACACAAUUUGGAAAAGGACAAAAAGCGCGAUAGUAAAAGUACAAACAAAAGAAGGAGAUCCACUAGGUUCAGAACUGGUUUCGUACAAUCGCUCCUUUCUGGGCACCAACGUUCCGACGUACAGAAGGUACACACGGUGGUGUUAAAGAAGCUGAAAAUGUUGUCCUGUUUCGUACUGAUUUUGACCUUGACCUUUUCGCCGUUUAGUGGAGCACUACAGAGUGGUGACAGUUGCACCACCCCAAAUGGAGAAUCAGCGACAUGCACGUCGAUAUACAACUGUCCCAUUUUAAUUAACGCUUUAAAAACGAGGGACCGGGAGAAAACGACGUUCGUCCAGCAAUCGGGAUGCGGGUACGAGGAUCAGCCGCUGGUCUGUUGCGGUUCCAGCGACCAAUUCGAACCGGUAGAUUCGGGAUCGUCAAUAACUCUCAGGAGCCCACUCAUACCCCAAGAACCCAAAUGUGGCAACCAGGUGGCAGACAAAAUUGUCGGUGGUCAACAAACCAGCCUGGGCGAGUACCCGUGGCUCGCCCUUUUGUUUUACAAGAGGAGAGACGGCAAGCCGGACAGCCACCACUGCGGGGGCGCCCUCAUCAACAACAAAUAUGUUCUUACAGCUGCCCAUUGUGUCACCGGAAGCAGAAUAAGACAACUGGGAAGAUUGGUCAGCAUACGUCUCGGAGAAUGGAACACAAAGACAGGGGUGGACUGUGUUGGGGAUGAAAGGUUCCCAGAGUGCAACGAUCCGCCACAGAACAUUCCUGUGGAACGCAUUAUAAGCCAUCCGGACUACAAUCCGGAGUCUGGAACUCACAGAUUUAACGAUAUCGCAUUGAUUAGACUGUCUCGACCUGCACAAUUUACAAAUUACGUACAGCCGAUAUGUCUUCCGACUAAUCCCUCGGAUAAAAUAGCAAAUGACGACGAGUUCUGGGUCGCAGGAUGGGGCGCGACCAAUCAGUCGAGUAGAAGCAAUAUAAAACUGAAGGUCCAGGUGCCGGUGGUGGACAACAACCACUGCAAAACUGUGUACAGCAGGAGCAACGUGGUGAUACGUAACUCGCAGUUGUGCGCCGGCGGAGAGAAAGGCAAAGACUCCUGUGGCGGCGACAGUGGCGGCCCUUUGAUGGCGCCGAAACGUGGGAGCGCGAACUGGUACGUUGGUGGAAUAGUAUCGUUCGGGAACAUUUGCGGCACGGAGGGAUGGCCGGGGGUGUACACAAGGGUCUCGGAAUAUUUAGAUUGGAUACAAGAUAACGUUAGUUCGUAAUUUUAAACAUUUGCGUCUGUGAUUGUUUCUCUCCCCUAAUUAUUAUUAUUAUUAUUUAUUAUUAUUAACGAAAAAAUCUCACGUCGUCAGUUAUUAUAUGUAAAUAUGCUUCGUCCUUGUCUACUCUGGCAAAUAAAGAAGGAAAAACGUUAACAACGUG